UUAAUAAAAUCAAACAGCACACACGAGACAAACAAAAGAAAAACUUUAAUUUUGACAACAAUUGGCUUAACUUGGAUCAUGGAUUUGAACAGCAUUGAGAAUCGCUUAAUGAUAUUGGAAUGCCUCAAGGAAAAUGCGCAUAAUAUGCUUGUGGAGCAGGUGAAUUUACGUGAUCGCAUCUCCAUGGUAUUGGGACGGGCUCGGAACACUUUGGCCAGCAUACGGGUUCUGAAUUCGCAGGUGCGUGAAAUGAAGGUAACUGUGGAAAACGCACUAGCCGCCAAUAUGGAAUUGUCAAACAAUGAAAACAUGUGGGGGAUGAUUGAAGGAGACUCAGUUGAAGAGCCACUGGAAGCCAUAGAAGAAGCAGAGAUACUGGAAGAGGAGAACUCUGGAACCUUGAUUGAAAGAUACUCCAUUAAUGAAUCAACUCAAACCAUAGAAGAUGUGGAGAGUUUGACAGAGGAGAACCCCGAAAACUUAUGCGAUAUGAUUGAGGCAAACUCUGUUGAAAUAUCACUGGAUGACUGGAAGGAUGAAGAAAUGCUGGAUGAAGAUUAACAGGAGUGCUUCAAUAUGGAAAAAUUAAUUUAGACGAAAGCCUUUAAAGACCAUAGUUGCUAUAGUUAUAUUUUUAUAUAUUUAUUUAAAAAUUUGUGCUUUUGAACUUUAAUUAAAUGCACCAAGC